AUGGAGCAACUCAAUUCACAGCUCGCUCACAUGGCAAUCUCCGGUGCGAAGCCAGAAACCGCCGAUGAAGAUACAAAAAUGGACGAGUCACCUCAAACCUCGCCAUCGUCAUCCAUCGUCGAGCCAAGUAACACCAGGAGCCCAUCUGAGCUUGGCAGUAUCGAACUCAACUAUGGCACUGCGGAAACCUCCCCGGCUUCAAAUGCUGGCUCAUACUAUGACUCAUCUUCAGUUCCCCGACUGAACCUCACGUAUUUAUUGUACACGCCUGAAAACUAUUCUUCUCUCCUCAAGAUGAUUCACAUGUGCGAAGAGCUGUUCGAAGUCAAGUAUUGUGUCUCCGACAAGUCGGCGCCCGGGCAGUUUUUCGUGAAGUGGCUCCCGUCCCCCUGGGAUAACUUGCCGGACUUCACUAGUCGUCAUGUAGUUGAACUUCGAGAGUUUAUUGAAGUGGUGAAAGAGAGCCCGGAGCCCUAUCCAUCUGCCGAUGAUUUGCUGAACGACACAGCCGAUUCGCGGAUUUCCUACCUUGCAAAUGCCCUUCAAAGGUUUCUUUAUCACGAGCCAGGUUCCAUGUCUCAUUAUGAAGCUUGGUUUCACCUUGAAAUGGCCGUGUACCGAAUUAUGCACAGUUAG